GCCCUUGCCCCUUGCCCGGUGGGGGUCUGUUGUCUCCUCUUCACAGUGGGUGGCACCGUGAAUGUGGGACUAAUCUGAGUGCAACUCACACAAGGUUUUUGGGACUCCAAAACGGCUCCUUGGAUGAUGGCAUACAAAGAUGGCAUCCUGUGAGCCUGGUCUCCAUGGAAUUCAGAGACAAAGAUGUGCCCUCUCUGGGCUCCCCCUGGGAUGCCAUCCUCAAGGCUGCCAAAGAUCAGCUUCCAUCUUUGGACUCCGACUCAUCCUUGUCAGAGGACAGGGAAGAGGAAGAGGAGCCCUACAUCUUCCAGAGAAACCAGCCCAUUCUGAUUCCAGACCUGGCUGAGGAGCUCGCUGAAGAUCCUGCUGAUGCCAGCGAGCCUGGGACCUGGGGCCCUGCAGUUAAAAGGUCUCCAUCUGAGCCAGUGUUGGUGCCUGGGGGACUCUUCACUGAACCCAGGAGUGGACAGAGGAUGAGGGACUCAGCCCUUCGGGAAGGAAGCAGUCCUGGCCAGCCUUUCCAGGGCUGCGCUGACACCAACACCCUCCUUCGAAUGGCCGAGACCUCCUCGUGGCUGGAAGGUGACCUUGGAAACUUGUCCUUCGACACCAAGGCAUCCCAGGGUCCUGCCUGCGGCCCUCAGGGAGAAGCCACCCUCCCUCCUGAAGGAAAGGCGAAGGCAGAACCCUGGGAUGAGGAUGCAUGGAGAGACUCAGCAAAGCGCAGAGCCCUCCGCCUGGAGAGGAGGAAGAUGAUAGAGAAGGAGGUGCUCCAGAAAGUGACCUGGGGCACUCGGGACCCACCCUGCAGCAGUCAAGGCCAGGCCGAGGAGCCAGAACCCAGGCCACAGGCAUCCUCAGCAGAGCCUCAAGAAGGACAUCUGGUGCUCUCCCUCCAGCACCUGGAAGAUUGGGAUUUGGAUGACAUCCUGAAGAGUCUGCCAGUCCGAGAAGACAGCCCCACAGAUGGCACAUCCAGGAAUGCAUGGUGGUUAGCCAAGAGCUGCCAAGGCCAAGGAAAUUAUAUGCCACGGUCCCAGGGCAGACUCCAAGAGCAGCUGGCCCUCUUGUGUGCUACACAGUCCAAGACCUACACUUCUGCCCAGAAGAUGACAGCUGACAUUCCUCAAGACACUGAAGAACAGGAAACUGGAAGCAGGUGUGCUAUGAUGAGGCUCCAGUCUGAGCCAUGCCAGAGGCUGGAUGGGGGCAGAAGGCUGAACACAGAGCCUCCCACCAUCUUCAUGGAUCUGAGGCCAACAAAGCCAUGGGAUCCAGAAAGCCAGGAGUCCUCAGAAAGCUCCCAAUACAGCUCCUCUGACAGUGAGGAGGAAGAAGAGGAGACUACAGCUGUGGGAGAGCAGCGGGAUCAGGCGCGGCAGACACUUCCUUCCUCCCAGGGCCCAUGGGACUGUACGGCAAAGAGCUGGCUUCUCCAGCAGCUGAAGGCCUUUCGGAAGGGUGUAGCCCCACCUGAGCUCCCUGUCAAUGAGGGUUCAAGCAGCCAGAAGACUCAGGCUCCUGAAGAAGUGAUUGGAGUAGAAAUGGAGAAGGAGGGACACACAGAGCCUCAGGCUGAUGAGCUAAGUGCCCAGUCCCGACUUCCAGACCGAUGUCCCAUGGCCUCAGGGAGCCGUGAAGUGCUGGAGCCUGCUCUAGGCCAACUGUAGGCACCUUAGGCUCACAGAGUCCUUCCAAACUAAAGAUGGUGCUGACUGUCGUGAAUCUAAACAGAAUGCUGGGCAUUCUAACACUUGAAACUCCACAUGAAAUGGAGUGUGAUGCCCACCCUUCCCAAAAACCAGCAAGGAAAGAACAAAUUAAACCAGAUAGAUUGGGGCCACCUGGUUCCCUACCAAGGCUUGGCCCCCAAAGGGAACACCUGGCUUCCCUGCGCCUUACUACUUUGCAAGCCUUAUCCAUCCCCAUCCCCAUCCCCAUUUUACAAAGCCUUCUGUAAUUGUCUUCUCCUCCCUGAUCCACGGCAGCUUUGAUCCCCUGCCACCUUGUGCAAGAUGAUGCAAUGGGAGACCAGAGCAGUCAUCACAGGGUCCCCCAGGCAUGGCAGGGUGCAUCUACUAAGUGUUGGGCUGAGCCACUGAGGUGGGCAAGAGUCUCUUUAAUAAAGCCCCCAUCCCAGGCAAAAGAUGGGCCCUGCCUAACCACCACCACCAGCAGCAGCAGCACAUGGAUGCCAAACACAAAUAGCCACAGACUCCUGCUGUCCAAACCCCACUAGAACUGGCCAUCAGAGACCUCACAGGCACCUCUUGCAAGCAUGAGGGACAUUUCCAUUAAAACCAGCACACCUCCAGUGGGCCUCUCUUAUAGGCAGAUAGCCAAGCUUGCCCUCCCACCUGUGGAGGCACCUAACAGGGCUCAAGCAGGACCCAGACACCAGGCAGGUUGGCCUUCACAUAUUCCCUCCUCCCUCCUGACCCAGAAGCCUCCAUAGUAGCUGUUUAGGCUAUCAAGAGCAAGGGCAGUUUUUUGUGUUUUUUUCCUCUAACCCCGUGUUUUCCUCCUAUUCCUUUUAAUGUCAGUGUAGUUCCUUGUUCCUCGUUAAGGUUUCACAGAGGUAGAAAAUAAAUGUGUUCCAAGCUCCA